AUGAUAUCAUAUCCUACUUUUACUGAAAAGCCUUGCACUGGUGUAGAUUAUAUUGAAACUUCUUUUGAGCCUGGAUUUUGGGAUGGGUACAAAGUUACUAUAAAUCGUAAGCUGCCAGCAAACACUGCCAUAAAAUUAAAAUUUGAAUCUGAAGCAUACGUAACUGUGGACAAAAGUGUAGCAAGAUUGACAACAUUAAGGGAUAACGUAUUUAAAAUUACCAUCCUUAACAAUACAGAUAACGUUUCUUUCAGGGUUAAAGGACAAAUUAUCUUUUUCCCGCCCUAUCUGAUAAGCGUUAAAAUAAAAAAUGUGGAAAACUGCAAAGAACCAAAAUUGGGUUAUUUCGAAAACUAUCCAGCUGGUGCAGAACAUAGACCAGCUGCUCAUUGUGUUACGAGCAACGGUGAACCUGUGUUACCGGAAUUUUUAGGUGUGGUUCUUGGCAAGUACAGCCUGAUUGGAGGUGACGUUGCGCCCCAAGAAAGAGAGGUAUACGACGUGAUAGUACAUGAAGAAUAUACUCAUAAAAUGUUGAAAAAUGAUAUAGCACUGCUAAAACUAAAAACUCGAAUAGAAUUUUCCACGUAUAUACAACCAGCUUGUUUGUGGUUCGACAAGGCAGCAGAAAUGUUACCUGCUAAUGAAAAGAUUAUUGGUACAGUUACAGGAUGGGGAUUUGAUCAAACAGACACUUUAUCCACAACACUUACUGAAACAGCUAUGCCAAUAGUACCAGAUCUAGAUUGUAUUAUGACUAAUCACGUACUUUAUGCACCAUUUUUGAAGGGUAAAAAAAGGUUUUGUGCUGGAUUCCAUAACGGAACAUCCGCUUGUAAUGGCGACAGUGGUGGUGGUUUCAUGGUUUACAUACCUUAUGUAAAUGUAUCUAGGGUCGAAGUUCAUCCACUGGUGGCUGGAGCCUACUACGUUAGAGGCAUCGUGUCUCUGAGUCCGGCUAAA